AUUUGUGUGUGACAGUCACAAAUAUAGACGGUACCGCUUGCUGUCGCGAUGUUAAAACGUCUGCGCUUCCUUAAUACGUGCCGACAUCGUUCGCAAUGGCGUUAGUAUGUGUGCGGAGUGUUGAGUGGGGCUGAGCCAGUCGAUCGAGAUAAAUAUUUUUUUUUCACUGUGAGAAGCGCCCUGUUGUCAUAAUGGUGCUGUGUGACUGCUUUGGUCAAGUCGAGCCUUUUAAGGCUCCGAUCCCGCUUGAUAACCAAGCAGAACUGAUAAAGGGACCGGAGAUGAUUCGGUACUCGAAGCUGAACAAGGAAGCUAAAGACGGGAAAUUCCUCAACUUCAUGUAUGAAGACGCCAAAACAAUCUACGAAUGUUUUCGACGUGGCUGCAAGAUCUCUAGUCUCGAAUUUCGUUUCACGGAUCAUGAAGGUGUGGGUUUGGAAUUGCUUGGCUGUAAUCCAAAGUCGCCCGGGUUGAGAGAACUCACGCAAGCAACGCGACCCGGGGAAGAGCCACGCUUGUGUUACGACUGUAGCUCUUGUCUGUGUGUCGUAUAUGAUGGACCGUGCUUGGGCUGGAGAGAAGGUUCUCAUCAGCCCUACCAAUGGCUGACGUACAAUACAGCACUCUUACGAGCGCACAAUUUUGGCUCAGGUCUAGUUGCCAUUGGAUGCCAACCUGGUCAGCAGACCAGGGUUGGCAUCUAUGCCAAGAACUGCCCUGAGUGGGUUUUGGCUGAACAGGCCCUUUAUCACUUUUCCAUGGUCCUUGUUCCACUGUACGAUACCUUGGGAGAGGAUGCUUGCAUUUUUGUCAUGGACCAAGUAGCGGAUUUGACAACAGUCAUCACGGAUUCGGAAGCAAAGCUGCAUUUCCUGCUGAACAAAGGUGGCCAUAGAAUCAAGAACAUCGUGGUAAUCAAAGAUACCCCGAACUCCGCUCUACAACGUGCAAAGCAACAAAAUAUCAGAAUACUUACAUUCGAGGAAGUGGAGAACAUUGGCGCAGCCAAAUCACUACCUCCCCAGCCGCCUGCUCCAUCGGAUUUGGCGACUGUCUGCUACACGUCAGGGACAACUGGCCAACCGAAAGGAGUCAUGUUAUCCCAUGCAAAUAUUUUGGCAAACGUCUGUGCGGUUUGCUUCCAACUGGGGAGCGUGCGCCCUUGUAGCACAGACGUCAUGAUCUCUUAUUUGCCGCUGGCGCACAUGCUUGAGCGUUCCUGUCAAGUGGGAAUGUUGAUGGUUGGUGGUGCACUGGGCUUCUUCUGUGGAGAUAUUCGAACGCUUCCAGACGACAUGAAAGCUUUGCGGCCAACCUUGUUCCCGACUGUUCCGCGACUCAUGAACCGCAUUUACGACAAAGUUUGGGCCGAGGCGAGCACCUCUCCCAUCAAGAAGGCAAUUCUCAAGCUUGCCGUGUCUCGCAAAGAGGCAGAAAUUCGGAGGUCCAUAAUUCGUCAAGACAGCCUUUGGGACAAGCUGGUCUUCAAAAAAGUGCAGGAAGGAAUGGGAGGUCGUGUGCGAUUAGUAGUUGUUGGCUCUGCUCCGAUGGAUGCGACUGUGUUAACCUUUAUGCGAUGUGCACUAGGCUGCGUGAUAGUGGAAGGUUAUGGUCAGACCGAAUGCGUGAGCCCUUGUACUCUAACCGUCCAAGGAGACUGGCUCGUGGACCACGUUGGACCUCCGUUGCCCUGCAAUCUGGUCAAGCUCGUUGAUGUUCCUGAAAUGGAGUACUUCGCUUCUGCUGGCCAGGGCGAAGUUUGCGUGAAAGGAUCCAACGGAUAUUUCAAAAAUCCACAGAAAACUGCCGAAACGAUUGAUCGUGACGGAUGGCUUCACACUGGUGACAUCGGCAUGUGGCUUCCGAAUGGUACAUUGAAGAUUGUGGAUCGCAAAAAGCAUAUUUUUAAGCUGAGUAUUGGUGAAUACGUGGCCCCUGAGAAAAUCGAGAACAUCUACACCCGGUCUGAAUAUGUUUCCCAGAUCUUCGUACACGGCGAAAGUUUGAAGUCGAGUAUCAUUGCCAUCGUUGUGCCGGAUGUAGUCGUGCUGAAGCAUUACGCUGAAAUGCAUGGCAUGGGUGGUACGUUCUCAGUACUUUGCUCCAACGCGUCGGUUAAGCAGCUGAUCAUGGAUGACAUGGUUCGUCUGGGUUCCGAUGCUGGAUUAAAAUCUUUUGAACAAGUGAAAGACAUUUAUUUGCACCCGGAUCCGUUUUCAAUUCAAAACGGACUGCUCACCCCGACUUUGAAAUCGAAGCGACCAGAUCUUCGCCGCUAUUUCAAGCCUCAACUAGAUGAUAUGUACUCGCGUCUGGCCUGAUGCUAACUCAAUUAUGUGGAUCAAGAAUUGCGUUUCGACCUAACACCAUCGUCUUCAUAUCUCCUGGCUAUUUACCCCCUUUCUUUUUCAUAUCUCUUGUCGUCUGGAUGGGCUGUUAUUUAUUCUAAGUACUUAGAUAUGUAAUGAACAAACGGGUUGUUGAGUCCUGAACGUGAUCCUAUACCAGUGGAGGUUUGGUCUUUCAAAUGAUUUGUCUGCUCGGUUUGGUUUUUAGCGUCACGAAAUCUGCUUGAAUUGUGUGAAUUUUAAGAUUGAAACCCGCGAUCAUUACGAAUCAUGCGAUUAUAGCAAUACUUGAGAGGCACGCUGUUAUUUCUUAACUUAAUUGACUUCAGUACAUGAGAAUUAUUGAGGUACUGAGAAAAUUUCGUUUUUUCGAGAGGCCUUCUGAAUUUUUAUUCAAAAAUUAUUGGCUUAAGGCUUGCCAGAGUUUUUUUAUUUUCUGGGAACAGGGUACUCGAAAAAAUCUCCGCCGAGUCGUUCGCAAACAUGUCAUAACUUGACUGGGCCCUUGCUUUUCUUGGGGACCGAAGGACACUUUGUGGUAGUUCGUGAAAUUGUACAGCCGUAUUGAUUAGAAGACGUUCGUCAGAAGUUUUGUGAUUCUAUUAGAAACAAGGAUUCGUGAGAAACGUUAUUGUGUAUACAGUAUGCUAGUUCGUUUGUUCCCUCCUUCCGAAGUCUGGAGAGACUCAACGUAGUGCUGUGCGGUAGGUGUUUUCUGUGCCAAAUAUCUGCCGAUUUGCACUGAAAUUAUAUUUGCAAUUUGUGUUCUAAUUUCAAGGCUGAUGAAGGUCGCGAUCAAUUACGAAAUUUUUCUAGUCACAUAAUGAAUCAACUGAUGCAUUUAAGCUUUUUUUGGUAUGUGAGCUCGUGAUUCGUUUAUCGUGCUUCUCUCGGUUUUGGCUUGAUUUUUUUUCAGAGCCACGCUUGAUUUUUUAAAAGAAAAGAAAAAUGUUUGAUUUGAUUUUUUUCUCGGAAUCGCUCAUGUAUUGAAAGUGGAUAGAUUUUGAAGGGUUUUUUUCGUUUGUGGAAUUGUACAAUUAUCCCUUUCUUGAAGUUUUCCUCGAACGAGUCUCCUAUUCUUUUCUUGUCAUUUCGUCGUGUUGUACCAUUGUUCUUGCCCGAGAUUCACGCAAUCAUUGGCAUCAUUCCCGAGGCGUUAUAUUUGUCUUUUUUUGAGGAACGAAAUAUUCGGAUUGAAGGGUUUUAACUCAGAAAUAUGAAUGUGCAGAAUUCGAGCACCUGCUGUUGACCGUCUUUUUGAUUGCCGGGAAGCUGAAACCUUCCCCGGUUAAUUAUCUGGGUGGCGAGAAUUUCUUUGAUCUAGAUCACGUGUGGAAGAACCGGCGGGAAUGAAAAUCUAAAUUCGUUCUAGCCUGGACACGAUUUCUGUCUUCAUUCAUUUCUGAAUGUAAAAAUAUUUACCCUUGUGUUUGCCUGCUUGAUGUGAAGUUUGUAUCAGUGAAGCGACUUUUUUUUUUCUGCUUGCGAAUAACCUCCGUGUUCCUUUUUAUUUAUUGCCAAACCUCGACGAUGCAACCGUAGGUGGAUUAAUGCUGCACUACCGAGCGAUAAUUUCGAGCUUUUUAACUUGAUGAAAUAUUGUUGAACUAUUCUACUAAAAUUGGAGCUGCAGAAAUCGCAGGUACUGAAGGUGUUAUGUUCUUCGUUCCCCCAAAAGAGCUUCCGGCUAGGUGGCAAAGAAAUAUACUUGCCAAAGGAACGGAAUGGGCUUUUCUUCAUAAUGUACGGAUGAAACUUACACUUUUAAAAGUGAGCAUUCCUUACUUUAUUUAUACAAAGCACUUCGGAACUUAUCAAAUUUACUUGUGUAUAUAAGUCGACGAGUGAGCUUCAAGUGACUUGAAUAUAGUGAUCCUUAUAUUUGACGGAAUUAACGUGUCCAACGUCGAAGGAAGAGUAUUUUAAAUUCAUCAAUAAUUUCUGAAUGAUAGUAACGUAAUCUAUUUUUAAAUAUCCUUGGUAAUGUUCUGUGCGGCUGAAAUGUAAAGAGAUACGAAAGGGAGAAUCAACAUCAUUCACUUUAUUAUUUUUCGGAAGCUAAUAUGUUCCCAAUGAUCAAUAUGUACUACUGUACUUCGACAUUGAAGGGAUUGAAAAUGCAUUCGUUGCUUAUAGAGAUUAUAGUUUUCGAGAAGUUGUCCAUUAUUGCAU